AAAACAAAGAAGAAGAGAACAAGAAAGCGCGUUGCCGUUGCGCUCGCCGCCAUUCUUUGCUUCGCACAGGAAAGAAGAAGCUUGAUUCGCUAAAAUGGCGUCGGCUCCAGAUUACAGCUCAUACAGUCAGGCUAGUGCUCAGCAGGGGUAUGCUUCAUAUGCUGCCCAGCCCUCACAAGGUUAUGCACAGUCAGCACAGCAAGGAUAUACACAACAGAGUUAUGGAUCCUAUGCUCAACCUGCUGCAGCCACCGCUGCUGCUGCUGCUGCUGGUGGUGACACAACUUACAGUCAAACACCAGCAGCUGGGGGAUAUGCUCAGCAACAACAACAGUAUGGCUCAUCAUAUGGUCAACCAGGUGCAGCUGGUUACCCUGCUGCACAGUCCACAACUCCUAGCUACUCCCAGACUACCCAAGGUUAUGGAAGCAGUGGGUACGAUGGUGCGGCUGCCGCCGCAGCUGCUGCCGCUGCCACCCCAGCUGCCUCUCAGUCUUACGGGUCUCAGCCUGGUUAUACUGCUCAGUCUGCUUACCCUGGCUAUGGUCAGCAAGCUGCUCCCACUGCUCCACAAAGUUAUAACACAAAUAGCCAACCAGGUGGAUACAACCAAAGUAGCUAUUCUCAGCCAGCACCAUAUGGUCAGCAGCAGGCUGGGUACCAAGCCCAGCAGCCAGGCUACAGCCAGCAGCAGAGUGGGUAUCAGCAGUCACAGCAGCAACAGACCCCACCUGCAUAUCCUGCUCCGGCUGCUGGCUCCUAUGGGCAACCACCAACCAGCCAGUAUGGUCAGCAAGGUGGCCCACCCAGUUACAGUCAGUCUAGCCAUUACAGUAAUUACAGGCAGGAUGGCCAGGGUGGAGGGUCUGGUUACUCUGGUUCUGAGUCUUCAAGAUACCCAGGUGGAGAUGGCAGGGGACCUGGGAGGGAUGGCUUUGAUAGAGGUGGAAUGAUGCAUCGUGGACGUGGCAUGGGUCGUGGAAUGGGCAGCGCUGGAGACAGAGGUGGCUUCAAUAAGCCCGGUGGACCCAUGAGCAGCGAAAACGACAGAGAUAUGGGACGGCCUGAGGAGCAGGAUGACUCCGAGAACAGUACUAUUUACAUCACAGGCUUGACUGAAAAAGCCACCCUGGAGGAGAUGGCUGAGUUCUUUAAACAUGUUGGAACAAUCAGGAUGAACCGCAGGCUUGGCCAGCCUGCCAUUAACAUUUACACAGAUAAAGAAUCUGGGAAGCCCAAAGGAGAUGCCACUCUGUCCUAUGAGGAGCCAGCAUGUGCUAAAGCAGCUGUGGAGCAUUUUGAUGGGAAAGAGUUUCAGGGCCGGAGGCUCAAGGUGUCCAUGGCACGCCGCAAGCCCAUGAUGGGUGGGAUGAGAGGUGGCAUGCCCAUGAGGGAUGGUAUGAUGGGCCGUGGAGGUAUGAUGGGGCGUGGAGGUGACCGUGGUGGUUUUGGCCCACGUGGAGGUCCACGUGGAAUGAACAGAGGUGGCCCUACAGGAGCAAAUAUGCAGCAGAGAGCUGGUGAUUGGGAGUGUCCUAAUCCGGGUUGUGGCAACCAGAACUUUGCCUGGAGGAUGGAGUGCAACCAGUGCAAAGCUCCCAGACCAGAAGGCAUGGGUGGUGGCCCUCCAUUCCCUCCUGGAGGUGGUGAGCGAGGCAGAGGUGGAAUGGGAAUGCGUGGAGGUCGGGGUAUGGACCGUGGUGGGCCAGGAGGUUCCGGAGGGCCAGGUGGUUUCCAUGGUGGCUGGGGUGGUGAACGUGGUGGAUUCAGAGGACGUGGUGGAAUGGACAGAGGAGGGUUCCGUGGGGCUGGGCGUGGAGGACCACCUAUGGACCGUAUGAGAGGUGGAAGAGGAAUGGGCCCACCUGGUGGAAAGAUUGAUAUGAGGGACCAUCGCUUGGACCGCAGAGAGAGACCUUACUGAAUACUUCACUAUUGUUCCUCUAUUGGAAUCUUAACUUUUAAGAUGGGCUUUUAAUUUAUGAUUCCAUUUUGUGGCUAUAGAACGUCUUUCAAAAUACUCUGCAGUUUUGAGUUUUAGUUUGUAUUUUUUUUUUGUAUACAGUUGUGCUACAUCUUGUGUUGUGCAUGUUUGUUUUUGAAAUAAUACAGGUUAGUUUUGACAAUAUAAAAUGCCAGAUUAUUCAUUCCUGACUGUAAUUGCUUCCCCCUUUCCCAUAAUUGACAACUCUCUGAAAUUUGGGAAAUAAAGUUUUACUUAUUUGAUACUUUUGUUGA